AUGGGGGGAGGCAAACGGGAGCAAAACAAGUUACUGAGGAUAUUAACUCUACCCAUCAGAUUCUUGAAGAAAGGAAGAGACUUGUACGUAAAAAGCAUGAUGGACGUAGCUCAUAAGCCAAGAUACGCAACCACCCGCACAUCAAAAUCAAGAAACAAAAGCUCCCAACCUAGCUCAGCCUUGCCCAAGAGCUUCAGCACAAGCUUCACCCCUUCGUGGGCCAACAAUUUACAUCAAAGCGACGAUUUGCGAGAGCUCAUCAGAGCCAACUCAACAGCUUACAACAAUGACCCAACCAACCAGCUGAGAAAGGACAUGGAGCUGUACAUACAACAACUAGUAAAAGAGCAGAAGGUUCAGAAGCUCAAGGAGUCGUUGAUGAGUGGCAAUGUUGGUAAAUUUUCGAUAUCGAAAGAAGCGGUUCCUAGGAGCUGUAGCGUUGGAAUGGGGAAGAUUGAUGAAGAAACGGCGUUGGAAGAAGGAGAUGAUGAAGAAGAAGAGGGUGGUAUUUAUGUGAAGAAGAAUGAAGUGAAGUUUCCGAGAAGUAGGAGUCAUGCUGUAACACAAACCAACGGUGUGUUUUGA